UUUCGCUGUUUGGCUAUGUUUGGCUAAGUUAACCUGUAUCAGUGAGAAACCACUUUCUCCUCGGUGAUUUCCUUCCUCCUAGAUUUUGGUUGGCUUUGCUGAACCUUCGGCAUCAGAACCACUGCUUCAGCCAGACACGUGAAAAUGCUAGACCAUCUACCAAACGAGGUGAUCGUCGAAAUCCUCUCGCGGCUGCCCGUGAAGUCGCUGGUCAAAUUCAUUUGCGUUUCCAAGACAUGGUACUCUCUGAUCUCCAGCCCCCACUUCAUCGCCACCCACCUCAAUCGCGCUAUCUCCAAUCCCCAAUACCCACCCUACCUUCUCUUGGGCCACUACGACGACGAACUAGAGAAAGCGCGCUUCACUCUUCAUUCUUCCGAUGACCCAUUCCCUCGUAAGCAUAUUUACAAACAGGUGAACUACAGCUUCGCAGCCCUGAAUCAGCUUCUGUAUUAUCUCAGAGAUGAAGUAGAGCGGAAGGUGGGUUUCUUCGAAUGCGCAUCGGAUUUCAUAGAAUUCCGUUGCCCACCGAAGAGCAGCAGCCGAUUCUUCAGCAUAGUGGGUUCGUCUAACGGCCUUCUUUGCCUCGCCGAUGACGUUUCCGGUUGCAACAGCUGUGAGUAUGUUCUCUGGAAUCCUUCUAUUCAAAAGGCCAUACGCCUUCCGAUCCCUAACAUUCGAUUUGAAUCUAUCCGUUCCCUGGGUUUUGGUUAUGAUCCAGCAACCGAUGAUUACAAGCUGGUGAGACUUGCGUAUCUUGAGGGCAAGACCCGUAUUCGUUUCAACACGGUUCCACCUCUGGUUGAGAUUUACACGCUUCGCACCGGCGCGUGGCGUUCGGUUGCCUCCCCCGGCCCUCCCUAUGUGAUUGGCGAGCGGUCCUUUUCGGCUUUGGUGAAUGGGGCGGUCCAUUGGCUUGCGCACACUCCGCUGUGCCAGGAUGCUUUUCGCAAUGUGAUCGUGUCUUUUAAUGUGGGGGAUGAGGCUUUUGGUGAAAUGGCUGUGCCUGAGAGUUUACAGGGGUAUCUCUUGAACAUGGCUGUUACGGUGCUUAAUGGGUCUCUUGCGCUUGUCCCGUGUAAUCGUCGGUCGGGAGACGAGUGUCAAUCCGUGUGGGUGAUGAAGGAGUAUGGAGUAGCAGAAUCUUGGACUAAGCUGUUUGAUAUUGAAAUUGAUGGAGGAGGAUUGAAGAGGGUGAUUGGCUUUACAGAGAAUGGUGAAGUUCUCCUAGUUACCAAGGAUGGAAAGCUGGUUUCUUACGAACCUAGCACCCAAGAAACAAUGGAUCUUCACAUUCGUGGCCUAACGGAGUCGUUUUUUUUGGAUACUUAUGUGGAGAGCAUUGUUCUUCUGAAUGUGGCAGAUGGAGUUCUGGGACAGCAGGCGACUCUGUCUGGUGCUAAUUAAGCACAAAGAACAGCAAGUAAAGGCGAGACACUUGAUCAUAGUUUUAAUUCGUAUAAUGAUGUGGUAUAUUAUGCUGAAAGUACAUUUUUUUCUUUGUAAUGCCACUUGUUACUCACUUCAGUUUGUUUUUGGUUCUGUGCAAUGUUGUCUUGGGUUGGGUGAAUUUUGACUGAUGCUGCUUGGUUUUUUUACCAUAAUUUGCAUCAAUCCAUGUUUUGGAUAGUAGGUAAUUAUUGUACAUAAAAAAAUGUUCAGAAUGUUUGAAUGAUUGUUGGUUGCUCAAA